UUGCGCGGAAUGGAGCCAGCUGGAUGCUGCGUUAAUGAUCAAUACUUUUCUCCAUUUAAUCUGUCAUUCUGUUGUCGGACGUCUGUUUUGUAGACAAACUUUGUUAGAAAAUGGGAUCACCGAGUCAUUUGUGUCAUCGAAAAAAUAAACUGAUCAACGAAAUGGAAGAUGAAACAAUAGAAGACAUCUCGGAGUCCGUUGAUGACUUGAGAGAACGAUUAGCAAAUGUCAAGAGGAUGAUGAAGGAGCAGAGUGGCUACACCCUGGGCGAACUCGCGGCCAAGAAGAAAGGAAAAUCUGAUGUUAUAAAUGGCGACUUAUUGUCUUUGAUUUUUGCUGGUGUUUUCUUUGUUGUUAUGGGUGCUAGUUGUUGGGCUUUUUAUAAUCUUUAUCGAGCUGUUCUCAAAAAGUUUCCCUCUCAUCAUACUGAACUUUAAUUAUUGUUAUUAUCAUUCUUAUUAUUAAUAU